AAAGGGAAGCAGCUCUGCAGCGUCACGAAAACCGCAAACCCGCCACGAAAUUGAUCGCAUUUACCGACCGCACAGACAAAACCAAAACAAGCCCUAUCCAGCUGCACGACAGCGUCUACGCACGCCUCACCUGCUUGCAUCACAUACUUAUCUGCUUGAGCGGCAAUUGAUUUCUCCUCCCUCGUGAGCGCCCGACCGCAGCAUCACGACGACGCCAUGCCUCAGCUACCAUCGAGCUUCGCCUCCGCCGCCGCUGGCCAGAACCGAGACGCCAGAGCAUCCGGGCGCAGCGAUUCUGCCCGCGGGCCCGGGGGCGUCGAAUGGCCUCGUCCCAACGGCACCAGAACCUUCCGCCGAGCCUCGACCACUCCCUUGAACCCGUCUGCCGCCGCGAGCCCGGCUGAUAGUCCACAUACCUCUCUCAACGAUCUCCCCUCCGCGUCCGCGAAUAGCCAGCCUGCCACUUCUGACCCCCCUGCCGAUCUCCGCUACACCAGGGAGGAGCUGCUAGAAAUCUACAAGAAAGCCGUUGAGCCUGCCGAGAUCGACACGGCCGGUUUGCUCGACCCCUCCUGGAACCCCGCGCAGCUCAACGGGAGCCACCCGCGGCCCUGGGGCAAGACCUCCGACUCGACCCACGUCCCACAGGAUCCGAGUGUGUGUUGGGACUCGGCUGGCAGUGUGAGACCCAUCAGCUUCGAGGAGAUGUCGGCAGAGGAGCGCGACAUGUUUGCUACCGACGUCAACUCGACCCUCAAACCGCCCCAGCAGAACAAGGAUGGGAACCAUCAGGGGGCCUCAGGCGUCAACGGGCGGAAGACGUCGGUCAGCGUCGGCAGCGCCGCCAACUACCAGACUUCGUCCCCGUCCGCUGCUUCCCGCCCGGGCACCCGCCGACGGGAGACGACCGAUACCAAUCCUUUCCCCACGGGGCCCUCGACCGCCUCGCCAACCGCGAGCAGAUUUGUCCGCGACGAGUCCUGGCUCCCUCGCCGCAGCACCGAGCUCAAGGAAACGACCAUAUCCGACGAGCCUGAGGAGGUGGCAGGUGCACGCGAGGCCGGCCCGCCCAAGAGCCAACCUUUUGGGCUACCCCGCAGCAACACCAUGGGGACCUCGGGCUUCGGCGCGGCCAGCUCGCUCUGGGGCUCCGGACCCGCGUCGACCGGCGCGACCGGCGCCUUCGGAAGCUUUGCCCUGCCGACGCCGGCCACCGGGGACAAGCGCUUCGGCACCGCCGCCGGGAGCCGUCUCGCCCACCUGAUCCCGAAGGACAAGGAGUCGGCCGACGGCGGCGCCGCCGCCGCCAAGCCCAGCGACGCCCCCAGCUGGCGACCCCGCCAGCGGACCGAUACCGACCCAUUUGCCGCCGACGACGGCCCGUCCGGCAGCGCCGCCCUGCGAGGGGAGGGCGACAACAGCCCUCCUGCCACUGCCCAGAACCAGCGCGGCGGCGUCCUCGAGACCCCUGUCAAGGGCGGCGCCGGAGACUUCGGCAUGGCCGGGCUCAGUCUCGGUGGCCAUGGACCCGGUGACGGUCCCGCGAGCCCCUCCGAGACGAACCCCUUCCGCAGCCCGCCGGGCGACCGCGCCGACGAGGGCCACGAGCAUGACGCGAAUCGCCUGGGCCACUCCGCCGCCAGCUCCGAGCAGCAGUCGAAUUUCAGCAGCCUUACCCGCUCGUUGGGUGGCGGCGCCUUCGAUGGCAGCGACCGCAGCCAGACCUCGAGCGUGGGAACCAAGGGCUUCCCCAGCGUGCCCCCGCUGUCGGGCUGGCCCGCCGGCCCUUCGGUCGGUACGCCGGACCGCGAGCGGGCUCCGUUCCCAGGUGCUCUCGGAGGCGGCAUCUUCAGUCCCUUGGCCGACCUCCCCUCGCCCGGCCUGGGCGGUCUCGGUGGCGUGUUCGGGCCGCCGGGUGGCUCGAGGCUGGGGCGCGGCAAGCUCGAAUCUCUCUUCCCUCCGGCCAUGCAGGCGCAGAUGCACGGACACGAUCAGGAGAGCCUCGCCGAUUCGCUCCCCGAUGUCCGACAUGUCAACCCCCUCGGGGCCAUCGGCCGAAGCACAGUCGGCCUCCAGCCGCGCGACGCCGACAGCCCGGCGAGGGCGACCCGCGGCCCGCUCGAGGACCUCUUCCCCGCCGCCCCGGAGUCCAGGCGCUCUCCUUUCUCGACCGGCGAGCUGGGCCAGUCCGCCCCCGGCGCCCCGGCUCCGCCGCAGUCGUUCCCCACGCUCGGAUCCUACCCGUCCAUGCCGUCGGCGGCCGACCCCAUGGCUAGAAGCCUGGUGCUGCCGGACCGCAUGCGUUGGCUCUACCUUGACCCCCAGGGCGCGGUGCAGGGGCCGUUCAGCGGCCUGGAGAUGCACGACUGGUUCAAGGGCGGUUUCUUCAACAACAAUCUCCACGUGAAGCGACUCGAGGACGACAAGUUCGAACCCCUGGGUGAGGUCAUCCGGCGCAUUGGCAACUCGCGCGAGCCUUUUCUCGUUCCCCAGAUCGGCAUCCCGCAUGGUCCGCCUCCCGCCACGGGCCGUCUGGGCGCCGGUUCUACCGAGGCCGUGCCGCCGCUGCAGGGCGCCUUCCCCUCCUUCGGGCGCACCCUUACCGCGCAGCAGCAGAACGAGCUCGAACGCCGUAAGCAGGAGGAGCAGAUGUUCCACGCUCGCCAGCGCGAACUGGCUCAGCACCACCAUGGUCCCUUCGGAGCCCUGCCGCCAAUCCGGCCCGGCGCGCCGGGCGCGCUCCACCACCAUUCCAGCGCGCACAGUCUCCAGAGCCAGCCGAGCUUCGGCAACAUGGCCUCGCCCGUCGGGAUGACGCCUCAGCUCCUCCUCGGUCCCGGCGCCCCGACGCAGGCUUUCUUCGACGGGGCCGCCCCUCCCUUGGCGCCCGGUCCCGCCCAGCCGCCGAUCGGUCCUGCGGGAGACGUCUUUGCAGCAGAUCUCAACCCCGGCGAGCGCCAGAUUCUGGCCGAUCUCGAGGCGGCCGCCAGCCUGCCGGGCGGUUAUCCCGGCCCCCAAGCCCCCGGAGGAGGCGUCGGAGGCGGCAGCACGGGGCUGCGUGCUCAGCUCCCCAGCGUGGACCAGCUCCAGAGGGACCCGGAGGGGUUUCACGCCAGACUGCAGGAGUUUGAAAAGCUGAGAGCGCAGUUCGAUGCCGAGCAGGCCAUGCGGGGAUCCGGCGCGCCCGAGACGAAGCACGACGGUGCAGGCAAGUCUGGCGUCGCGGACUUUGCACCCAUGGAACCCCCCAAGGACGCCACCACCGGGCCUAUGACGCCUGCCGAAACGAAGAGCCAGGGACAACAACAGGCGGAAUUAACUCUCACUGAAAAGGUGCGCAAGACGCAGGCCGACAAUGCGAAGUCGGCGCAGUCGGCGGCGCCGGCCUCCGACCUCCCGAUGCCGUUCCCCCCGCCCGCGCAGGCCACGCCUCUCGCGGCCCCCACGGCCCAGCGCCCCGCGUCGAACCUGCCGGCGAGAUUCGGCGAGCGAUCCGCCGCGGGCACGCCGGACACCACAUCGGACGCGGCCGCUCUCGCGCCGCCUCCCACCGCGCCGUGGGCACCGCAGCCUGGUGCGGAAGUGCCGAAGGGCCCGAGCCUCAAGGAGAUCCAGGAGGCGGAAGCGAAGAAGGCGGCCAAGAAGGAGGAGGCGGCCGCUGCUGCCAGGCGGGCCGCGCUGGAACAGGAAGCGGCGGCGAUGCGCGAGCGCGAGAAGGCGGCCGCAGCCGCGGCGAAUCCGUUGCUGCCACCGACCAGCACCUGGGGCACGGGAUCGCCGGUCGGCGGCUCGUCCGGCAGCCCGUGGAAGCAGCCUGCUGCGCUGAAAGGUGGGGCGGUCGGCGCGGGACCCGCCAACAGCGGCUCCAAGAAGACGCUGGCGGAGAUCCAGCGCGAGGAAGAGGCGCGCAAGCAGAAGGCCAAGGAGGCGGCGGCUGCGCAGGCCGGCACGGUCCCGGCGCCCGCCAUGGGCAAGCGCUAUGCCGACCUGGCCGGCAAAGCCACGGCGAACCCGCCCGGUCUUUCGGGCUCUGGCCCCGCCGCUCAGACGGUUCAGGCCGGCGGCGGAUGGUCUACUGUUGGCGCGGGCGGCAAGGUCAAGGUCCCGACGGGUCCGGCCGUGCAGAGCCGCGCAGCCAGCGCCAGCAACAUCAAGCCCGCCCCGACCCCAGCCGCAGCGAAGGCGGCAGCACCCAAGCCGGUGCAGACGACGCUCAAGGACGCCAAGAACGUGGCCAUGGAGGAGUUCAAGAAGUGGUUGCACCGGGAGCUGGCGCGCGGCCUUGUUGGGGUUAACGACAUCGAGCAAUUCGCGGCCACGCUGCUGGAGCUGCCGCUCGAGCCGGCGAUCCUCUCGGAGGCGGUGUACGGGUACAGCGAGACCAUGGACGGCAACCACUUCGCCAACGAGUUCGUGCGGCGCCGCAAGCUCGCCGACAAGGGCAUCUCGGAGAAGGAGCCGGCCAGCUCGGCCAGCGACAGCCGCAACAGCACCAACGGCGGGUGGAGCGAGGUGGCCAAGAAGGGCAGCAACAAUAGCAACAACAACGGCGGCGCGGCCGGCAAGGAGGACCCCGGCAUCCCUGGUUUCCGCAUCGUGCAGGGCAAGAAGGGCAAGGGCAGGAAAUAGGCUGCGCUCUCUGCCACCGUGGAUCGAGCCGAGGCUGCCUCCGAGGAGUGCCCGGCUGUGGUGUGUUCAGCUUGUUGAGAUUGGGUGCGGCUGUUAACUGUAACUGUGUCCGCGGUGCGCUGCAGUCUGGCUUGGUUGGUUUGCAUUUGACGUAAGUGGUU